AUGACAACCAUUAGCGUUGCCAUGCAAUCUCCUCGGCCCGCGAUCAAAUUAAAUGCAACAGCUUCAACAGAGCCCGUGUCUAACAAGAGGAAAGCAUCAGAUACAUUAAAAGAUGGUGUUGCCAACCGCCAGAAAAUUACGAGAGCCUGUGACUUGUGCAAAGUAAAGAAAACCCGCUGUACCGGUACUCUACCAUGUACAAGAUGUACACGAUUGUCACUGCCAUGUAAAUACAACGCCGCAUACUCUCGGGGCCUACCACCAGACCCUCUUCCUGCAUCACCGAGUCCGCUUUCGACUCCGACUGGGCGUCGUGUAUUUGAUGGUGUGGAUGAGCUCAGGUCCAGCCCCAAUUUACAAGGCAGUGGUCGGGACGCGACUGUUACCGACGAUCUACUUUCAGCCCUAAACAAAAACAAAGACGAACACCGGCAUGUGGUAUCAUCGCGGAAUUCACCAGAGCCAGGAUCAACGGACUUUGAGGGUAAUUACCUCGGUCCUUCAUCCGGUGUGUCGUUUAUCAAUCGUGUAUGGAGCCGUCUGCAUCAAGAUAAAACGACGCACUAUCCGGAUGAACUCCAAAAUGAGUCCUCGCGGAAUACAGCCGUCUUUAUGUUUGGUGAUAAGCCUUACUCUAAUCCCCAGGAGCCGGAGUUCACCCUCCCGUCUCUAGAAAAGGCACUGGAGCUGGUGAGGAUUUACUUCGAUUACUCUAUGGUAACUUAUCGGUUUGUGCACAGGGGCAAUGUGGAAGAGUGGACUACACAGGUUUACCAAAAUAACAUCGGCCUCUCGAAUCUCCCUGUGGGAAAUAUGGUUGCUCGGACUGCUAUUGUUCUCAUGAUCAUUGCUGUGAGUACUUUGUAUGUGGAAAUGAGGCCCGGGGGGAUGGCUGGUGGACGGGGUGAAAGAUUAGAAAGUGAGCGCUGGUAUGCAGCAUCGAAAUACAUGUCCUCUCUCGAGUCAGGGCCGCCGCGACUGGAAACUAUCCAGGCCCGGCUGGGUCAAUGUCUCUAUCUGCUGUCAUCGUCACGGGCCAACGAAUGCUGGUACUCAUUCGGCACGACAGUGCAGAUUGUGACUGCACUCGGAUUACACAGGAAGGGGCCAGUCAGAGUCUCGAAUAACGGGUGCUCACAUCUAGAAUUGGAGCUCCGCAGGCGCAUCUUCUGGAGUGUAUACACUCUAGACAAAUACCUAAGCAUUAUGUUCGGAAGACCUCGACUGCUCCACGACGAGGACAUUGACCAAGAACUACCGGAAGAGACGAACGACGAAGAUUUACUGGAAGAAGAUCCGGCGCGAAGAACAGGAUCAACGGAUAGCAUGAUGAUUGCCUCUGUUCUUCAUUACCGGCGAGUCCCUCAUACCUACCCUGUACUUGUUAUACCCAUAUAUACCUGGGAAUCUAACACCAAACCCAGGCUUGGUCGUAUUCUGGGCGAUAUAUCACGUCAAUUAUACAGCAUAAAUACCCUCCCUCGAGACUCCCCUCUCGAGACCGCAAUCCGCCUAACGUCCGAACUCGAAAAAUGGAAAGAAAGCGUCCCACCCUUAUUCAACAGUGUUCACCCAACCAGUUUAAUCCCGCCCCUCUGCCGCCAAAGCCAAGUCCUCCAACUCGCCUACUCCCACGCCAUGAUCCACGUCACCCGCUCAUUCCUCUUGAACGAUUUCACAGACCUCAGCCGCAGACCGAAAGUCCCGCACCCGAUGGUCAGCUCACACGUCCAGAAAUGCAUUCAGGCUGCCGAGGACAUCAUGACAAUAACCGAUGGUCUCGCGCAUCAAGGUGUGCUGAUCCAGUCCUUCUGGUUCACGCAUUAUGUGUGCUUCUGUGCAGUUUUGGUCAUUUACAUCCAUACCAUCCAACAGCACCGUAAGGCAUUGGGCGGAUCUAGUUCGGCCUCUGUCUCUUCGGUCGGAAGUCCCAAUGACCGAGAUAAAAUGCGCCAGCUCUUUUCUCUCGCUGAGUCUUGUCAGCAACACCUUGCUGAGGCGACGCGCAAGAACUGUCCGAGUCGUCGCUACGGAAUUAUUCUGGAGGAGUUGAGACAGGAGGUUCAUCGGCAGAUUGGGUCCAAUGGGGUCUUUGCUGAGACUCGGACCCAUUCUUCUAACGUAAAUGACACUCUCUAUGUCUCGGGAGAGAGUUCACAGAAUGCGGAUGUAAAAUCCGUUCUCUAUGACACCCAGGCGGCUGAUUUCAUGAUGCCCCCAGCCGAUUUGGUGAUGAAUGCGGGAGACGAUGCAGGCUUACUUGAGAGCCUCGAGGGAUCGAUCUGGUGGGCUCAACUUGACUCAUGGGCCCUGUCUAAUCUCCCUAAUGACCCUUCUACAUUUAACUUUUAA